CCCCCGCUAUGUGCCCAUUGAUUAGCAGAGAGCAGGGCUGCCCAGUAGGAGCUGCCAAACUACAAACCAUAAUGAAGCUUCUGCUGAGCCUCUUAGCACUGAGCCUUCUCUUUCUCUUUGCUUUCUCCGCUCCGCCGACCUGCUAUUCCAGGGUCUUCUCUCUGAGCAAAGAAAUCACAGACUCCUUCCAAAGGAUACAAAAAGCAGCCCCACCUGGACCCUGCCUGGAUGCCCUUCCUACUCUCUAUCUGGAUAUACAUAACUCAUGCGUGAUGACCAAACUGCGUACGUUCAUUUCUGCCCCAAGGUGUGGGAGAAUGCCCAGGGUGGAAGCCCUAAAGAAGAGAGUCCGGAACUUGUACAAUAUCAUGAACUCCAUUUGCAAACGGGACCUUGUUUUCUUUACUGAUGACUGUGAGGCUCUGGAAAUGCCUUUGUCAGUUUUCCACCCCGUCACGGAACCUUCUAGAUAGUCACCAUGAGUGGAAAAAUUUAUUUUAUAGAGUGUUGUAUAAGCAAACUGGCUGAGAAUAUGCUCUUGUAGGUAUUUACUAGCGCCAUUAAGGUAUAUAUAUACAUUUGUAGGUGUUGGGUGGCCUGUAAUAUAUAUAUAAACAGCAUGUAUUGGAGUGACAGUAAAUUUAGCCUCAUUCAUGAAGGUGAUUAAAUAUUAUUCUAUACCAACUCUGCUGUUGCCUAGACUAGUACAGAGCAUGAACCUGUUCUUUGUAAGAAUGUAUUUAGUUGAUUUUGUCUGGCUUCAAUCAAAAGACAGUGUAGGUCUUGCCCACUGUUAAUUAAAGCACAUAAUUAUAAUAUUCAAUGACAUGUAUCCAUGGGUAUACUACUGUUUCUCUUGCCUUUGUAUCUUUGGAAAUGUUUUUUUUUACUGAAUCAAUAAAAUGUCUCUUUAUAAUA